CACAAUUGAGGGACAAAGUUUCUUCCACAACGUCAAUCGCUUCAAGACAAGAAUCACAAUUGAUGACGUUAGCCAAUACCUCAACUAAAUUCUAGCUCCGUUCCGUCAACACACUUGAAACUCACACAAAUACAAUAUUCUGUGUAAGAGAUAUAUCCGGAUCAACACCAAGAAAAGAAAGGUUUGCUAGUCCCAAGUGCCUUCGUUCCUUCAUUUUACCUUAUCCAUUUCUUUUCGUUCUUUAGUGCUACAGUUUUAGAGACUCAAAAACAGAAAUAUCUGUAUAGAAGCUUUCCUCAUUGAAAUACGGUGGUGUGAAAAUUGAAAACAAGAAUGCAUACUUUAUCUCAAAGCUUCAUCUUAAAUCUAACUCCACAGAUGAUAAGACACAGGCAGAGAGUAGAAGAUUUUGUUUCGUGUAGCUCAAAUUCUAGUCAUUUCUGUCAUUCAUUGAAGCAUAGGCACAGUGCAAUGAGGAUUUUGAAAAGGGAACAAAGUCGAUGUCUUCCUACUGCUUCUGUGUUAUCAGAUACUGAAAUUUCUUCAGCUCGUUUUGAGGAGUUCUCUGUCUCUACUGUUGACACUGAUGAUGUUGGAGAAAUAAAGAUAAGCAUCGAGGUAUCUGGAAACAGAACACAGAGGACUUUUGAUGAUGUGUUUCAGAAAAUGGUUGAAGCUGCACAACCGAUCCCAGGAUUUCGUAGAGUAAAAGGAGGAAAAACGCCAAAUAUACCGAAAGACAUUUUAUUAGAGGUGCUCGGACCUUCCAAUGUUUUUAAACAAGUUAUCAAGGAAAUAAUCAACUCAACUGUGGCUGAGUAUGUGGAGAAGGAGAGUUUAAAAGUCAGCAGUGACUUGAGAGUUGAGCAAAGCUUUGAAGAUCUUGAAACUACAUUUGAGGCAGGAGAAAAGUUUAGCUUUGAUAUUGUACUUCAGCUUCAAAAGUAGAAUUGACAGACAUUUAUAUGUCAAAAUCUUACCGGAUGGAGUGACAUUGCUUCUUCGGUCUGAACCAAGGAAUCUCUUAAAAUGAUUCAAAGUGGAUCUUGUUUGAAUGAGAUAAAUAUUCAAUGUCAUCUAAGUGAAAAUCACGGUGGCAUUUCGUGGUUAUGUCAUAUUCACUGCAAAUCCGAAUAUACACUAAAACAUUGUUUCCUCCUAAUGAUGGUGAACACCACAGUUUCAGUUUGUGAAAAGAAAAAUCUCUGAAACAAGCUAUGACUCCUGAUUUUCAGCAUGCAUAUUUUAAGGUUACACUCUCUGGAUUCCAUCAAUGCAUGAAAAAACUUAGGACAUCACUCUACAAACUCUGGAGCAGCCGCGGAUGAUUUUGAGAACUACAAAAUGAAUUUAACUUUGGAGUGUGAAAUCUCUUGAAAGCAAUGUAGUGGUAUUUUCUUUUGGAGUGAAAACUAUCUAUGAUUUUGAAAAACAAUUUUAUUCCAAAGUGGGUUCAUAUAGUAUUGAAGUGUAUUUUAAAGACAAAUGCUGAUUGCUAUGAAUCAUCAUGGCAUGUUUUCUAUUCCAAAGAACAUUUGUGUUU